UUUUCCAACUUUCAAUUUCUUAAGAGUUUCUGUGUCUCUUUCAAUUCUCAUUUUCUCAGGUAAAGGUAAUCUUCUUGCUCGAUUUCCUCUUGUAUUCUCUGUCAAAAUUAGUCUGGGUUUUAGAUCAUUUCCUUCUUUUCUUAGAUUUCGAUUCUGUUUUUGGUGAUUUUAGAUUCAUCAAACCUAAAUCAAGAUGUCGGGAAGAGGAAAGGGAGGCAAGGGAUUGGGAAAGGGCGGAGCAAAGCGUCACCGUAAGGUCCUCCGUGAUAACAUCCAAGGGAUUACCAAGCCGGCAAUUCGCCGUCUGGCUCGUAGGGGUGGUGUUAAGCGUAUCAGCGGCCUCAUCUACGAGGAGACUCGUGGUGUUCUCAAGAUCUUUCUGGAAAAUGUGAUUCGUGAUGCCGUGACUUAUACGGAGCACGCCAGGAGGAAGACCGUGACGGCGAUGGAUGUGGUGUACGCUCUUAAGAGGCAGGGCAGGACGUUGUACGGUUUUGGGGGUUAAGAUUAGGGUUUCGAUUGAGGCAACCAAGAUGGGGAAGUCUUGCUGUCAAGAAUGUUGGUUAGGAUCUGCGCAUGUAAUUAGGGAUUUCAGUUUCCGUAAUUCAAGCUUUUAAUUGGACUAUUAAUGAAAUUUCAAGCUCUUCGGUGUUUAAUGUUUUUCCAUUGGUCAAAAGAAAAAGAGUUAAUUGUU